AUUCCUACUCUGCAUUUCAGUAUUCCAGUAUCUCAUUUCCUGCUGUGUCUCUUAAUUCAUUUUAGGAAAGAUCGGGACCGGGACAGGGACCGUGAUGACCGUUCUAAAGAUCGCGACAGGGAUCGUGACAGAGAUAGAGAUCGUGACAGAGAAAGGGACAAGGAAAAAGAUUUGCGACCUACAUCUAACUCUACAUAUUAUGCGUCUGCUGGGUUACCAACUAUAAAACCAGCAAUGAUUCCACACAGUAUUAACCCUUUCACAAAUCUACCACAUACACCACGAUAUUAUGACAUCCUGAAAAAAAGGCUACAACUUCCUGUCUGGGAAUAUAAAGAGAGAUUCACGGAUAUUUUGAUCAGGCAUCAGUCAUUUGUGCUGGUCGGAGAGACUGGGUCUGGUAAAACAACACAGAUCCCUCAAUGGUGUGUUGACUACAUGCGCUCGUUACCCGGACCAAAGAGGGGAGUAGCAUGUACCCAGCCUAGGAGAGUGGCCGCAAUGAGCGUGGCGCAGCGGGUUGCUGAUGAGAUGGAUGUCAUGCUGGGCCAGGAGGUUGGUUACUCUAUUCGAUUCGAAGACUGCAGUAGUGCAAAAACCAUUUUGAAGUAUAUGACUGAUGGUAUGUUACUUCGUGAAGCAAUGAAUGAUCCUUUGCUGGAGCGCUAUGGUGUUAUAAUUCUUGAUGAGGCCCACGAGAGAACACUGGCUACUGAUAUUUUGAUGGGAGUUCUGAAGGAAGUUGUAAGACAAAGAUCUGAUUUGAAGGUUAUAGUUAUGAGUGCUACUUUAGAUGCUGGCAAGUUUCAGAUCUAUUUUGAUAACUGUCCUCUUCUAACUAUCCCGGGUCGCACCCAUCCUGUGGAGAUAUUCUAUACUCCAGAACCAGAAAGGGACUACCUUGAGGCUGCCAUUCGAACAGUGAUCCAGAUUCACAUGUGUGAAGAAGAGGAAGGAGAUCUUUUACUCUUUCUUACUGGACAGGAG